UUAAUAAUAAUUAUCGCGUAGGACGCGACCCCAGCAUUCGAAACGACACGUUUGCUCUGAUUGCUCGUUUCCACAAUGUUCUCGUUAUUUACAUUUUGUUUUUGUAUAUAUUACGCGUCCGGAGCGGAGUUCACUUUGCCCGGAGAAUGUCCAAAUGUGAAGAUACAUGAGAACCUCGACUAUACAAAGUUUUCAGGAGUCUGGUACAACGUAGCAAGUUAUGCUAGUGAUGGCCGAAGUAUCUACGAUUGUGCGUCACUAGACUUUCAAGAAGAUAAUCUUGGGUAUACUUUGAGAGAGACAUAUGUUGAUAUUGAUCAAGGAAAUAGAACGCAAAAAUCAUACUUUGCAAGGGUUGACCCAACUUUUGAUGCUGGUAAUAAGGCUCAGUUCAUAGUGAGCCAUGAAGAUGGAGAUAAAGUACUACAGUUCCCAUUUUUUAUACUGUCAACUGAUUACGAUGGAUAUGCUAUCGCGUACACUUGUAAGACCUUGAAGAAAAAAUUGAGAACGCACUAUGCAUUCACAUGGGUGUUGGCCAGAAGCAAGGAGAAGUUACAAGGAGAAAACCUGGAGAAAGUCGAAAGUGCUCUUUCAAAGUACCCAGAGCUGGCAGAGCACAGACAGUCAUUUGUACUGAAAGAAUUUACAGAAGCAGCCUGUGGCUACACUAAGAAAUUUGAGACUGAUUUCUUUACUAGUAAUUUCUGGUAAAAAUUUAAAUAUUUCAUGAAAACAUA